CUGCACUGCACUGCACGCACGCACGCAUCCCUAUCCAUCUUGCUGCGAUUGCUUCCUUCACCACCCGCAACAUCACAACACUCAAAUAAGCAACAACACCAAGAACAACAAUAACAUAAUAUUCACACCACUCCAACCCCCGGGUGAUUAGAAUACGCCUCGUUCGUCGCUCGUCCUCACCAAUCCUCCCUCCUCGUCACGCGCCUUCUCGCACCUUAAUCAGCGCGCCAUCUUACACAGUCAUUGUCGACGCGCUUCGUUAAUCCUCAUCUUAUCCUACGCCUACCUUGAACCAACAAAACACCACCCCCGAGCAUCUCUUCACAUUCCCAGUUCGACACAAUGGCAACCGAUCUCAUUAUGCCUACUCCCGCCGACCAGCGCGGCCCCUUCUAUCCCCAGGAUCGCCCUCACUUCUCCCAUGGUCGAUCCCAGUCGUUCCAGACGGUGCCCCAGCCCCGGCCCUUUCGCAACCGCACCUCGCCUCUUAGCACCCCUCACGAUGGCUCCCCCACGUCGCCCAAGUCGUGCCUGACCGAGUCGGUGCACCCCGUCUACGUCCCCGCCGUCCUGCGCCCCAACAAGCACCACUCCAAGAAGCCCCGGGCGCCCAAGGCCGAAGAUACCGACGGAGACGACCUGCUCUGCCUGCGCCGCUCCAACAGCAGCUUCGUCAGCCUUCCGGGCUUCAGCGUCCUCGGUCAGAAGCUGUCGCGCCGCUCCACCGGCGAUAGCGGCAAGGUCAUCGACCUCGAGCUGGACGCCGACCUCUUCCCCCAGGUCACCGGCGAGCCCACCCGCAAGCACUGGAAGCCCGAUACCGAGUCCGUCAUGUGCGACGACCCGACUUGCAAGCGCAAGUUCACCCCUCUGAACCGCAGACACCACUGCCGCCGCUGUGGUAACAUCUUCUGUCACACGCACUCCAACGAGGUCAUCCCCCUCGACGAGGACUGCAACUACAACCCCAGGGGCUCUCUCGCCCGCGCCUGCUUCCACUGCUUCACCGAAUUUAAGGUAUGGAAGAGCCGCAACGGCAGCCGCAGCGGCAGCGAUCAGAGCUCCGACUCCUCCGACACCCCGUCAAGCCCCAUCGUCGCGAGCCCCGUGGCCCCGACGAUGCCCGGCAUGCUGCCGCCCACCAAGGGCCCUGAGGUGGCCGCCAGCGUUCCUCGCGACUGGAGCUGGAGCACCUUCUAGAGGAUGUAGGGAGUCCAGGAGCGAGAAAACGAAAGAGAGACAGUCGGCAGGAUUUCGAAACCUUACGAGAAGAAGGUCCCCCUCGCCCUCACCGGGCGUCACAUACAGCGGAUUCACGACUCAUAACGGCCUUAAUGAAGAGCGAACAAAACACUAGAAUCAUAGACAACCAACCCACACCUUGCACGGCGGCGGAGGAUUUGUCACCAAUCAACCACCCCGACGACACCAGAUACCAGACAACCAAACAAACUUUUGAACGCCCAAUCUAACAUCAACACGACACACACAUCAAUACCCCCCCAUUAAUGGACUGCACAUAGAGCGCCACCCAUUACCUUGAUCCGCACAUAGAACGCCUCACCGGUUUCGAUUUCCGACCCGAUCUGGCUUUGGGCACCUGUUUUGCAUUUUAAGCGUGGCGUUUGGAUUGGAUCACCCGAGAUCAGGACAUGGCCUGUCCCCCCUCCCCUCCUCUCCCAGAGAAUAGGGUUUACGGAAAGAUUACAUGGCUUUAAUUUAUGGUCUCCAGAGUAUGGACAAAGGGUUUUUUUUCUUUUUUUCAUUCUCGUUUUGUUAUUUUUGUCAGCGGCAUUACCCCUCUGAAGGUUUAUACCCCAGAUGUGACGGCUGGAUGAUUCGUUCCGCUCUCCGAACCACUCAGGGGUGGUCUUUUGGGUCUCCUUUGCUGUGGGGAAGAGGGCGGGAUGCGGACCAGGUCGGCCAAACACCUUCACGGACCGGCGUUUGUGUGUAAUUUAGAGUUGCCGUCACCACAAUGGUGGACGGAGUCGAAGCCGAUGGCGGCGGCGGAGAGAGGACGAACCCGGACGGGCGCGCCACCCCUCUCCUGCCUGACGCCGGCUCUCGUAAGCAAGAAAGAAAUACCAUCUAUUGCAACC